GUUUUGUGUCGGUAUACGCGUGCGUUAGAAAUGACGUCCUUACUCUGUGCCUGGUUACAGUAGAGCGCUGAGUGUAGACAUCUUUAGAUCCGUCUAAAUGUUGUGAUACAGUUAGGGAACUCGUUUGGACUUCACUACAGAGGGAUGCCUGAGUGAUUGUUUUAUUCAACCGCUGUUAGAGUAUCUUUAUUAUAAAUUAGCCAUAUUGCUGUCUGAGCUCUAGAAGAAUCCACAGGGUCAUCACUGCGUGACGUUUCCUGCCGGUGUUUCAACACUAACUGUACAGACACUAGACCAGACUAGCCAGACUAGCUAAAGUACUCACUUCUCUCUGAGCUAAUAAACAUUUAAUUCAUUUUUUUAAAUAUUAGCCAGUCUUAGAACCGUGGAUAUGAGGAGUUUGCCGUAUUUCUGCCGAGGACCAGUCAUUCGGGGAUUUGGACGAGGAAGCAAAGAGCUGGGAAUCCCAACAGCAAACUUCCCGGAGUCUGUAGUGGACAGUCUACCUGCUGACAUCAGCACUGGCAUCUACUACGGCUGGGCACGCGUGGACAACGGAGACAUCCACAAGAUGGUGAUGAGCAUUGGCUGGAACCCGUACUACAAAAACGUCAAGAAAUCCAUGGAAACGCAUUUGAUCCACAAGUUUAAGGAGGAUUUCUACGGCCAGAUGCUAAGUGUUGUCAUGGUGGGCUACAUUCGCCCAGAAAGGGGAUUCAGCUCACUAGAAGAAUUGAUCACAGCGAUUCACAGUGACAUCGAAGAGGCAAAAAGAAAGUUGGACCUGCCCGACCACAUCAAACUGAAAGAAGACAACUUUUUCAGGAUGUCUAUUUCCACAGCGACCAAUCAGAUCUUGAACGGUCACUAAAUGGAACUUGUCGUUUUUAUCUAGUUUCCCAUACUUCAGUUUUAUGGGGGUGAAACCACUGUAACAUGUAUGCAUUAUUUUUGUACUAUAGCAUCUUUCAGAAAGGUUUACAGGUUAGUUUGACAGGUGCAGGCACUGACUGUCUCAGACAUGUUAUCCAGGGUUAUUUCUUUGUGGAAGAUGAAACAUGGAGAGGUUGGGUUGCACUGGUUUUCAUGAAGGAAUGAAGUUACCUCAGCCAGUUCAGACCACCAACAAAUGGUUCCUAAGAUGAGAAACCAGAAACUUCAGUGACUGAAACUUGUCUAGGCUAGGUCUUUUAGAUCACUGAUAUCACAGAGUACAAUCCAAGGAAUAUCUGAAAUUUGCUGUAUGCUUGGUUUCUUAUUGAAUCAUCUUUCUGCAGAUGAUAACUUGCUGUAAAUUUUAUUAAUUUAAGCUCUGAUUUGCAUAGAGAGAUUUUGCUGUAUAUAAUCAAAUGAAUAUGUGCAGGAAUGAAUAUAUAGAUCAGUGGGUCCCAGAGUAUAUCCCACAGUGGUCUGUGAAGCAUAACCAGAGAGGCCAUGAUUUUUUUUUUUUUUUUUUUUUUUAAUUUAGGUACAGUGGUGGAAUUUACAGCCCAUCAUUAUCAAAGCUAUUAUACAAUAUUUAUUAUUGACGACUUCUAAUUAUUAACCUGUUAGACUGGUUUAAUCCAAACCUCAAUAGGUCCCACACAGUUAAGAUUAUGAAUAGUAUCGACUUGGACCUAAAGUGUUGUGAUGGUGGAAAGCUUUAUGGUUCUGAUAAAAAAAAAAAGGCAAAAUAUUAUUGCGGGCAUUUAAAGAAUGUUCAUAAAAUGAAUCCAUACUGAUAUGUAUGUAUGUACAGUGCAUUCAGAAAGUAUUCUGACCCCUUCAUUUUGCAGACUUAUUCUAAAAUGCUUUAAAUUAUUUUUUUCACAUCAAUCUACUCUCCAUACUCCAUACUGACAAAUCAAAAAACAGAUUUGAGAUAGCUUUGCAAAUUUAUUAAAAAGAACAAACUGAAAUUGACAUAAGUAUUCAGACCCCUAACUCAGUCUCAAGCUCUGUCUCAGCCGAGUCUGAGGUCCUGAGUGCUCAAGAACAGAUUUUCAUUAAGGAUAUCUCUGUAUAUUGCUGGGUUCAGCUUUCCUGCUACCUUGACCAGUGCCCCGGUCCCUGCUGCUGAAAAACACCCCCACAGCAUGAUGCCACCACCUUCAUGCUUUACCAUUGGGAUGGUAUGUGAUGGCAGGUGAUGAGCAGUGCCUGGUUUACAGACAUGACACAUGGAAUUGAGGCCAAACCAUUCAAUCUUCGUUUCAUCAGACCAGAGAAUCUUGUUUCUCACAGUCUGAGAUUCCUUUAGGUGUUUAUUUGCGUCUGGCCACUCUGCCAUAAAGCCCAGAUCGGUGGAGUGUUGCAGUGAUGGUUGACCUUCUGCAAGUUUCUCCCAUCUCUACAUACGAUCUCAGGAGCUCAACCAGAGUGACCAUCGGGUUGUUGGUCACCUCUCUUACCAAGGCCCUUCUCGCCUGUUUGCUCAGUUUGGCUGGGCGACCAGCUCUAGGAAGAGUCCUGGUUGUUCCGAACUUCUUUGAUUUUAGAAUUAUGGAGGCCACUGUGCUCUUGGGAACCUUCAAUGCUGCCGAAUUUUUUUGCAGCCUUCCCCAGAUCUGUGCAUCGACACAAUCCUUUCUGAGCUCUUUGACUUCAUGGCUUGUUUUUUGCCCUGAUAUGCAGUUUCAGCUGUUAGACCUUGUAUAGACAGGUGUGUGCCUUUCCAAAUCAUGGCAAAUUGCAUUUUGGACUUCAUUCAAUGUGUAGAAACAUCUCAAAGAUGAUCCAGAGAAAUUUUGCUUUGUCACUAUAGGGUAUGGAGUGUAGAUUGAUGCAAAAAUAAUAAUAGUAAAUAAUAAUAAUAAUAAUAAUAAUAAUAAUAAUAAUAA